AAAAGAAGUUAUGAGAAAACCGGAGGGUAAGAGUAGUAGCUUAUGUGGUUUUGUAUUAGACCCUGCAAAAUUUAGUCAACUGGGCAUGGGAGAGAAAAGACAACUAGUUCAUGAAAUUGCUAAAUGGCCAGAAGAUGCCCCCAAGGUUCUGAGUUCCUUGUCUCGCAGAGAGCUUCUUGAUAUCAUAUGUGCUGAAAUGGGCAAAGAGAGGAAGUACAGUGGAUUUACAAAGUUUAGAAUGAUUGAACACCUUUUAAAAUUAGUUUGUAAUAGGUCCAAGAAGAAAAAUAUUGACAAACCUCUUGUUUUUUCUCCAACCAAAACUGAAGCAUGCUUUGAAAGGCAAAGCUGGCAAGAGCACUUGCUACGACAACCCAUUCAAAUUGAUCAUACUUCCUGGCAGACAGUGAAAGAAGCAGCCAACAUCCUACUCUGUCAAAAUCUAGCCUGCAGAGCUACCCUGAGUCCAGGAGAUGUUUUUUGCAAGCGAUGUUCUUGCUGUAUCUGUCAUCAGUAUGAUGAUAACAAGGAUCCUAGUCUAUGGCUAAUUUGUGAUUCGGAUCAUCCCAAAGAAGGUGACUCUUGUGGAAUGUCGUGUCAUCUGAAAUGUGCCCUAGAGCAUAAACGAGCUGGAGUAUUAAAGAAUGACCGCUGCACGAAGUUGGAUGGCGGUUUCUAUUGUGUUUUUUGCGGAAAAAUUAAUGGACUAAUGAGAACCUGGAAGAAACAACUGGUAGUUGCCAAGGAGGCCAGAAGAGUUGAUGCACUGUGUUUAAGAGUCUCUCUGAGCCAUAAAAUUCUGGAAGGAACUGAGCAAUAUAAGGAGCUGCUAAAGAUAGUGGAGUCCGCUGUGAAGAAACUUGAGAAUGAAGUGGGGCCUCUUGAUGGGCCAUCCCCGAAGAAGGACUCUGGCAUUGUCAAGAGGCUCUAUUGUGGUACUGAGGUUCAACAGUUGUGCUCUUCAGCAGUGGAAGCUUUUGACUCCAUAUCCUACAAAUUCUUUGACCAUCUAAAUCAGAAAGAGCCACCAAUUACUAUGACAGCUUGUCGGAUUCGGUUUGAGGAAUUAUCUCCAACAACAGUAAUUAUUCUCUUAGAAUAUGAAGAUUGUCUGUUAAAGGAAAUCUUAGGCUGCAGGCUCUGGCAUCAAAAAUCUACCAUUAAGGAUUAUCCUGAAGAAGCAACUUACAUUGUACUGAGGCCAGAGACUAGAUUCAAACUGACUGGUCUUGAUCCGUCAACGGAGUAUUUCUGCAAGGUAUUGUUCUUUAGCAAAAAUAGUACUCUGGGUGCUUUGGAAGCUAAAUGGGUGACACCUGCAUUAAGGAGAAGCACAGUGUCAAAGUCAGAUGAAGAACAAGAAAAGAAAGAAAAUGCUUUAAUAGCCAAUUCCUAUCCACAGAUGUAUUCUGAAUAUUCUAAUCUCACAUUCUCUCAUUCCAUGAAGGAUGUUCUUUUAGUGAGUCCCACUUCAAAUCCUCCUCCCACACCAUGUAAAUAUGACGGAAAAAAGGAACUGUCAUUCAUGAGUUCCAAGAAGCAAUUGAAAGGCACUGAUUAUGAGAACUCUGUGGGAGUAAUCAGGUGGUUAGAGCAUGAAGGGCAUUUAAAUGCAGAUUUUAGAGUGAAGUUUCUUACCUGGUUUAGCUUGAAAGCAACACUGCAAGAGAGACGUGUGGUAAGUGCCUUCAUAGACACUUUGAUUGAUGACCCUCCAAGCCUGGCUGGGCAGCUCAUCGAUACCUUCUCGGAUGAGAUUUCCUGUGAACAAAAACCAGUCCCUCGGCUUGGACUUUGCACUACACUGUGGCAUUAACAAUUGUG